ACUUGUUAGCUCACAGCUGUGCGUUAAGUUCACGGUGACACUUUUAGCUUUGAUAGCAGAUGUUUACCAUAAAGGUGUCUGGUGUUCAGCUUCUAGGACCUUUAAAGCUGUAAGGGCUCUGUUCUUCGUCACAUCCAGCAGCAUCUUUUAUACAAGGACAUGAGAACUGGGGCUCAAAUACAAGCGAGCGCUUCUUGUGAUUUUCGUUGAUAAAGGAUUAGCAGUGGGAUGGCUUUGUGCACCAUAUCAACGCUGGAUUUCCCGGGUUUAGCAUAUUAUACCCUCCCAGUACCUUUCUGAAAAUUGCCCACCAGGAAUAGAGGCAGUGAACUCCGCCUUCUCAGUAUUUAAACCCACAAUCUCACCCGGAGCUCAGAGAACCGGAGAACUUGAUCUUGACCAACACGUUUGGAUUCGUGGGAACUAAAUCCUCCCUCUGAGCUCUAAUUGCCUAAAAGGUUCCAGCUGCAGUCUCCAAUCCGCCCAUCUUGGACACAUUAUCACACUUUUUAUUUAUUUAUUUAUUUUUCCUCCCACUGGGAUUUAACCUUCACCCAGUCCGUCACUUCGCCCCCUCCUACCCAGAAAGAGGGUAUAAAGUUGGAGUCGGCCCGGAGAUGCGGUUCUUUUUCCCGCUGACUGUGUAUUGCAUCAGCCUGCUUUCCCUCCAGCAGGCUUUGCCGGCUGAGGAGAGACCGGGCACGAACAGGUUGGAUGUUCUCAACAAACUCAUUGGCCAGAAAGAGGAUAACGCUCCCGCUGCCGAAAGCCAGACCAUCAGCACGGUCCCAUCUUCAGCCUUGAGCCGAUCCCCAAACCAGCUGCCUGGAUUCAUGAAACAGCGACUGGCAUCAGGAGCAAGGACAGCCUCCCCGGCCUUGGCGUGGGCGCGGUCCACCGAGGCUUUGCAGGUUGAGCGACGGGCACCGAGAGCUCGUCGCCAUGCCCACUCACGAGGGGGUCACCACAACCAUCACCAUGCCAAACUGAUGCGGGUGGGUUGCGUCCUGGGGACCUGUCAAGUGCAGAACCUCAGCCACAGGCUCUAUCAGCUUAUUGGACAAACUGGCAGAGAAGACUCUUCUCCCAUUAAUCCCAGGAGCCCCCACAGCUUUGGAUGACUUCGAUAAAACCUCCAAAUAGCCACAGCAAGUCUAUCUAUUGCUCCAUUUAUUUAUUGUUUCUUAAUGUAUUAUUGAUAGUUAUUGCAUUAGAGUUUGAUGUAGUACACAACUUUUCUUAUACCCGCCUUAGAUGACUGUUGCUUCUAAUUUUUGUGCACAAUAUAUGGAUUUAAAACUUUAAAUCAGGACUGAUUGAAUCUUCUUUCAAGCCCCUGAACUGAUUUCUCCCACCAUCAUGAGAAAGUUUGGCUUUGAGGGUUAGUGAUGUCUUUCUGAAUCUCCCUCUGGAACGUUCAAAAGAAGCCAAGAGAUCUCAGGCUGAUGUUUAAAUCCUGUUAAUAUAAGAAUGAAGGCUUGUCUUCAACACCAUCCAGCGGCCUGGUCCUAUCUGCCCACUGACCUCCGCAGGAGUGGUUAUCCUGCCGCUCACUGAUCAAACACUUAAGCCAUUAAUGUGGAUUUGAAGCUGCAGCGUGAGCUGGAUUCCUGUCAGAACCAAUGUAUUCCUAGAGAACUCGUCGGCGACUCAGUGAACCCUUUUACCUCUUUUCUGUGGCCCCCUUUGUCUUAAUUUUGGACUCACAUGCAAUUUCAGAUUGAACACUGACACCCCUGGAGCAGGUCGCAAGUUUCCAGUUGCCUCAGAACUGCGAACUCAUCAUUCAGCAAGACUUUACCACAGAGAGAGGGUCAGCUUCUGUUGCUUUGGAUGGAAUGCAAACAAACGGACUCCCCUAAGUAUCGCUUUCAAUUUUGAGCUGCACUGGCUGGUUGGCUAUCACAGCACAGUGAACGUUGGAGUCAUGGAUCAGUCCUCUGUCACGCCGCUGCUGCCAUUCUCCCUGCUGGAAGCCAAGUCUGAAAUAUUAGCCUUUUCACGUGAUUCAUAAGUUCCCUGUGGAAGUCAGGACUUUGGACUGACAGCCGUUUAAUAAACCUAAAGGUUCAGUCACAAUGUGAGGGGUAGGAGGGGGCUGGGGGGCUUUCCAAGUCUCCCGCUGUCUGCGGCGCUAAAGUGAAAUACGCAAACGUGCAGAUAUUAAAGGCUUGGCAAAUGGUAAAAAUGAGCCCAUGUUCCCAUAGUUACAGUGUUGUCGAGUAGUUGUAACGGAGCGAUGUGGACUCUUGGUCUGGACGAAGAUGUUCCUGUUGAUGUUUCUCAGUAGCUCGAGAGUUGCUUUCAGUUCUAGAUCGAUCUCAUGAAACCAAAAACACAUUUGACCUUCUUUACGUGCCUUUGGACGUCUUAUGGACCAACUGAAGGACUUUUGUGAGAACUGCUGAGUGUGCACAUGAGUGCAUUUCUUCCUAAAUGUUUUCCUCUGUGUUUCAUUAAAGUGGAGGCUGUACAAGCCUGCAAUCUGCUCAUGAGCCAAGUCUUCGAUGCCAACUGUGUGAAGUCUUUUUUAGGAAGACUGAAUAAGAAAAGUUCAGCUGCAUGUUACAGUUGGUAAAACACCCUUAAUGUUGAUGUGUAAUGGGCUAAAUGGGUUUAAAUUAGUCCUGAGAUGAUGGCCAAAAGCUUUACGACUACAUUGCUGUUUUGUAAUGAGGGACCAGAGCAACCAAAAUGUUAGGUGUAGCAGUGCCCAGUUUCAAAUAUGUACACGAAAUAGCAAAAACACAAGUCCUAACAUUUCCUCUCACUCUAUUUAUAUUCAAGUCCGAAGUGGUGGGCAGACGAUGGACUGAAAAUAACCGAGGUUUCCUCAUCAAGAGUCCUAGAAUUGGGUUAAACCUUACAAAAACUGUAAAGCAUAUAUUUAAUUUCUCUAUUCCAAGUCUUUACUAUAUGUUUGGCUACUCUUUAUGUCUUUUUAAAGGAUACAGGCCACUGAGCGAUAUCUGGUUAUUACUGACGUUAGUUUAAAAUCACCAAAUACCUGAUAGUACUUGACAAAUCGACUUUACAGUGUGCGCUUCUUUUAUAGCCUGAUGUCUUUCUCCUUUUUUACAUGUUUGCAUUUACUCUCCUUUUUUGCUAAUCCUGUCUGUAAUUGUGGAGGCUGUGAGGUCACAGGUCACAAUAAUCAGAGGUCUUAACCUGUUCAAAGGCUUGUUGAGGUGCAACUCUCUGCUGUAAUGGAGCUAAUCAGUGUCUCGUGACCGAUCAUUAAAAGGCUUUUCAAACGCUAAAA